ACAAACAUUUGAUCUGGGGAAAAAACACGCAGAUGUAAACACACGACAGAACUUUCCUCUGCUUUUCGGUCCUGUUUGCUAAAUCUUCAUUUCCAGAAAAGAACAGUGGAUCUGAAAUUCUAUUUUACUGAAUUGGGAAUUACUUGAUCUGACCAUGAGGCAUUUCCUUUGGAUAUUGUUCUUCCAAGGCUUUUGGUGUUAUGAAUCCCCACUGAAGAUAAACCCCAAAGUUUUGGUGGCCUGGACAGGAUCGUGUGUUUUAAUCCCAUGUCAGAUUGAAGAAAGAAUGCAUUCUAAGAAAAUUCUUGCCACUUCUGUGGUUUGGUAUUUUCAGCCUAUUUUGGAUAUGAAUUUAUUCGACUAUGUUGGCACUGUCUUAUACAAUAAUUCCAGAAUCCUAAAUGAGCAUGCAAACCUACCGGCUCUUGAUUUUCAGGGGCGAGUGAAGUUUGUUGGAGAUUUAACAAAGGGAAAUUGCAGUUUGAUGAUUACUCAGCUCCAGAAAAAAGACUAUGGCACAUAUGGGAUAAAAGUAAAUGCAUCUGUAGAAAAUCAAGCUAGUAGACAGAUACUUUAUGAUUCAGCUACACUGAAAGUUUCUGAUUUGUUUCCAAGUCCCACGUUGGAAAUCUUGAAAUGUCAAGAAAGAUGGGCCCUGCAAGUGGUUUGUUCGGUGCCUUCCCAUUGCCCAGAAGAUCCAAUAACAAUGAAUUUCAAAGGUCUAGAGAAGUAUUAUUUGACUGCAGAAACUAUGAUGAUGGAUGAUGGAGUACUCCGGAGGAUAGUCACCAUUCAACCAACUGCAAGACCUAAAAAGAAAGCAAUAACCUGCCAAUUGAGCAACAAGGCCAUGAAGUCAUCCAUCACUCAGGAGCUAGAAAUGAAAAAUUGUCCCAAUGACGUCCAGGUUUCUGUUGUGAAUAAUCUGCCCACAAAAGAAGGAGAUAUUGUCACUUUGAACUGCUCUGUGGGUAGUAGUGUCUCUGGUUCCAUCUCGUUCAACUGGUGGAAGAUCAAUCUCCAUGGAGCUAAUUUUAAAAACAGCAGUUUGAAGCUAUUGACUUUCCCUGCACAUUUUGGACCAGUGACAUCUUACAAAUGUGAAGCGUGUAAUUCUUAUGGCUGCACUUCAUCUCCACUGCUCACAGUGGAUAUCUUCUUUGCUCCCAGGGAAGUCAACAUUUGGAGAAAUCCAGGAGGCCAGAUUGAUGAAGGCAUGAAUGUUGUGUUGCACUGUGAAGUGGGAGAAGCAAAUCCCACAAAUCUCGCUUAUACGUGGUAUAAAGAUGGCAAAAUGAUUUUAUUGGAUUCUCCCCAUGCAUACUUGAACCUUAUAAACAUAGAUCCAGCACAAUCUGGCAGCUAUUGGUGUGAAGCCAGUAACAGUGUGGGCAAGACACUUUCUCCAACAAUCACACUUCAUGUUAUCUGUUUCCAUUGUGAUGAAAAUCCAAUAAGCAUAGUUCCCAAUUCUUUUGUUGCAUGGGAAAAAUCCUGCGUGGUGAUUCCAUGCCACAUCAGUCAAAUGCUUAGUUCUGGAACAGUCAAUGCCACAGGCAUUGUGUGGAAUUUUAAGCCUUUUGGAAACAAUAGCUGGAGCAAAGGGAAAACUACCCUGUUGUACAACAGUUCUCAGAACUCUGGAACCAUCACAACUGUAUCUGAUGAUGCUUUACCAAGCCGGAUAUGGUUCCUUGGGAAUUUAACAAAUAGAGAUUGUAGCUUGCUGAUCAAUCCAGUGCGAAUGCUUGACAGUGGCACGUAUGAAGUAAAGGUGAUUGUUUCCGUUGACAAAUAUCCGUGGCAAUUCAAGCGGUUCCUUACAGCUACCUUGAAUGUUACAGCGUUACCUCCAGAGCCCACCUUGGAAAUUAUUCCUGUGAACAUCCAGGAGAAGAAGAUAACCCAAGUGAGAUGUUCGGUACCUUACCAUUGCCCUCAUAAGCUAAUAAACAUGACUUUGACUGGUUUAGAACACUUUCCACUACAAAAAAGGACAGUUGGAAGUGGAGUGGUUGAGACGGCCCUGAGCUUUGAACCAACAUGGAAUGACAAUGGGAAAAUGCUGAGCUGUUUGUUCAAGUCAGGGGCAGCAGUGUUAUCUCAAAGCACUGUGAAGUUGGACGUGAGAUAUGCUCCCAAGGAUGUCCAGCUAGUUAUUUUAAAUGAUCUGCCCAUUAAGGAAGGAGAUACCAUCACGAUGAACUGCUCUUUUGGCAGUAGUAAGCCCAACGAUAAUUGGUACAACUGGUUUAAGUCAGAUCCCUCUACGAUUGAAUAUAAAUAUAGUGGUCCAAAUGUAAUGACCUACCCUGCAACGCAUGGACCUUACAACACUUCUUAUGAAUGUGAAGUAUGCAACAGGGUUGGCUGCACUGCAUCGCCAGUAAUCAUGUUGGAGGUCUUCUCUCCUCCCAAGGGGGUGAAAAUUCUGCAAAGUCCAGAAGGGAGCAUCCAUGAACCUGCCUCGGUUUGUCUGAAAUGUGAAGUAGAAAUAGCAAAGCACAUGGAUCUGACUUUCAACUGGUAUAAAAAUGAAGAACUGCUGGAUAGUACAGACCAUAAGCUGGUCUUCGUAAAAACAAAUCCCAGCCAUUCGGGCAUCUAUCACUGUGAAGCUGAAAACAAUGUCGGCAGAUCACGCUCCCCAGCUUUUACACUGCAUGUACUUUCUUCAAAGCAUUAACCUUUGAGGAACAGAAGAAUGGAUAAAGACUCUGACAUGGAGGAUGAAUGGGCUCCAUUGGAAGACUUGGAGGAAGUGAAAUGGAGAAGAGAGGAAAAGAAAGAGAAUUCAUACUAUUUUCUUGUGAAUUUGGAUUUAUUUUACUUUACUUUCUGUGUUCAUUUUAAUUGUUACUUGAACAUGUUUUUAAAGAAAGACUAUAGUUUUUUUAAAAAUAAAAAAGGACAUUCUAAGAAUCAGUGUUGUUGUGCUCCUUAUAUUGCUAAAAACUAAUAAGAACCAGAAAGGGAUUUUUUUUUAUACAGAAG